AUGUUUUGGUCAGGUGGCCCUCUUCAAGCAGUGUCGCGCGCGGAAAUUGUUGAUCACACCCCCAGGUGGCCAUUUGAAGAGCGGGAUGACACAGCUCAGUACCUAGCGGUGCCGGCGAUCAACUUUUUCGGGCUGCCCGGCUACCAGCAGGAAUCCCCGCCACAGAUGCCGAGCCGUUACUUUGAGGAUGGUCGACAGGCGUUUCUGUUGCGCAAGGCCUCCCGAAGGAGCGGCGAUGAUACCCAAAGCCCAUGGUUCUAUUUUUGCGGCUGUCCCACCUCACGCGCAAGGCGGGACGAUGCUGCCGAUCGCCCACAGUGCGAGUGGGAGCCCAACGAACGCACUGGCGCCGUGUCAGAGGACCAAGCAAACUCUGCAAGGAAGAGUGAACUUGGCCACUGGCCAGACACUCCAAGAGAACGUUGGAAGGAAGCUCAGGAAUUCCGAGAAGAAGAGAUUGAUGAGACCAGUGACAACUGA